AUGCCGAUUCCUCCUGUGUCGCCACGGAAUAUCAAUAUUUCGUUCUACCUGAUAGGAGACGAUGUUUCCUCGGCUCAGUCGGUCGUGAUUGAUGCGAAGUGGAAACUUGAAGAUGUUAAACGAGCCGUUGGUGGUGUUUUGCACGUCGCUCAGCCCCUCGGCCUGACAUUUUACAAUGGCGAAAGCGAUAAGGAGAUUGAUGGCGUCGAAGAGUUGCUUUUUACGCCCUCCGACCGUCCUGUUGCCCUUCGCGUUGAUGGCCAAGCAGUUCGAAGCCCCCAGGGCCCAGACGGCCUCCCGCUUGUGGGCAGCUUCUACGAGAUCUUCCCUGACCAUCUGGGCAACCAUUACCGACUCUUCCGUAAAUAUGGACAUGUUAUCAAGACAACAAACAUGGGGAAGACAACCUAUCUCACCGAUAGCCCCGAGGUAGCGGGCGUGGCCCUUGCCGAGUCGACCUACAUGACGAAGAAGAUCAACGAAAAUCACCCGCUUUGGGGAGUGAAAGACAACACGGCCAUCUUCAUCGGUGAUACGGAGACCGAGAACUGGCGACUGGCACACAAGUUUCUGCCACCCGCUAUGGGCCCUAAAGCUGUCCGACACUAUACGCCGCUGAUGGCGGAGUGCGCACGGAUGUCCUUCGCAGUGUUCGAUGACCUUGAUGCUAAAGACCAGUCCUGGAAUGUGUACCAGUAUAUGCUCAAGCUCGCAUCCCAGACAAUCGGCAAGUUCUCACUUGGCACGGACUUUGAGCAUUUUACCUCCAGCGAUGCCCCGCUGCAUCCCAUCGUCACCAAUAUCGCCAAUCUCCUCUCUCUGAACAAGAAAAUCACCGCCCGCGGAGAAUGGUACCGACAUCUUCCAUUCGGUGACCCAGCUACAUUGAAAAAGGUGCAGCGCACAAUCUACACAUUGCUCCAAGAACAAAUCAACCGGGUCAAGGGCUCUGAUAUCGAAGGCAUGCCCAUGAACGAGGCAGCUGUCAACGCGUCCUGCGUUGUGGACUAUCUCCUUAACGCAGUAGACGACAAGGGAGAGAAAUUCCCUGAAGGAUUGAUCCUCGCCAAUAUGCUUAUCGUUACCGGUGCCGGGUUCACAACCACAUCAGCCCUGAUGUCAUGGUUGAUCUACUGUCUCGUCAACUACGAAGGCACACAAGACAAACUAUAUGAAGAGCUAUGCUCGCACGGCAUUGCCAACUCUAAGGAGCCCAUUAGUUGGACCCCCGAGCUAGCACACGGUCUUCCCUAUCUAGACCGCUUCGUCAAAGAGACCCAAAGGCUCCACAACGCUUCGUUCCAACCCGGCCGCACAACCAAGACCGAAGUCGUCCUUCCCGGCGGAUACCGCCUGCCGCCUGACAGUGUGAUUGUUCCGGCACUGUACGGAAUUCACACAAACCCCGAGGUCUGGCGUGAUCCCUUCCGCUUCGAUCCUGAUCGCUGGGACGAUGAAGAAGUCAAGAACAAGCACCGGUGCGCGUACAUUCCUUUUGCAACUGGCCCGAGGGGUUGCAUCGGGUUCAAUUUUGCGUUGCUAGAGGUUAAAAUCUUGCUAUCGGAGCUUGUUUCGAGAUACGAGUUCUUCCGUGAAGGAUUAGAAACUAUUGAGUAUGAUCCGGAGUUCCAGUUAAUUCGGCCUUUGAAUCUUUAUGUGCGUGCUAAGAAGAGAGGCAACAGUGCUUGA